CGCUCCGUAUUUCUCUCGUCGCCGUCGCUUUCCCUUCCUCAUACCCCGGCUUUCCUGCUCAAGCACUCUGAUCGCCACCAAUGACCACUCUGCGUGCUUAUCUGUGGGCCGCCUGUGUUGCCCUCGCCCUGCUUCUGCAGGUUUCGGCCUCGGCCGUCAAGACCGAGGUGGUUCCUUCCGCCCCUCUCCUCUCUGCCGACGGCAGCACCGUCAUCAAGGACUCGUAUAUUGUUGUCUUCAGGGAGGAGCUCUCCCAGGAUGCUUUCCUGAGAAACGUCCAGACCUUCACGGCCUAUUUGCAGACCACGCUCUCGACCAAGGAGGCUCUCGCCAACCGCGGUAUCAAGAACGUCUUCAAUAUUGCGCCUGAGGUCCGUGGCUUUGUCGGCAUCUUCACCGAGGCCGACGUCCAUGAGUUGCAGCGCAACGCCGACGUUGCCUACGUCGAGAAGGACUCUGUUGUCUACGUCACCGAGGACCAAGUCGACGCUCCCUGGGGACUUGCCCGCAUCUCGCACGCUACCCAUCCCGAAGGCGAGGACGCCAACACUUACUCCUACUACCCCGACGCCGGAGAGGGCGUGACUGCCUACGUCAUCGACACUGGUGUCAACAUCCAUCAUGUCGAUUUUGAAGGCCGUGCCGUCUGGGGCGCCACUAUCCCUGAGGGCGAUGAAGAUGCCGAUGGCAACGGCCACGGCACCCACGUCUCAGGCACUAUUGCUGGCAAGACCUUCGGCGUUGCCAAGAAGGCCAAGAUUGUUGCCGUCAAAGUCCUGCGCUCCAACGGCUCCGGCUCGAUGAGUGAUGUCCUUGGCGGCAUCGACUGGGCCGUCGAAGCCCAUCGCCGUGAGGACGAGGCUCUCCGCAAGAAGGGCAAGAAGGCCAAGUCGGUUGCCAACAUGUCCCUGGGUGGUGGCAAGUCGCCUGCGCUCGAUGCUGCCGUUAACGCCGCCGUCGCCGCCGGCAUUCACUUUGCUGUCGCUGCUGGCAACGAGAACCGCGAUGCCUGCAACUCCUCCCCCGCUGCUGCCGCCAAGGCCGUGACGGUGGCUGCUUCCAACAGCGACGACGCUCGCGCCUGGUUCUCCAACUGGGGAUCGUGUGUGGAUAUCAUCGCUCCCGGCCAGGACAUUCUCUCGGCCUGGAUCGGCUCGAAUGUUGCGACCAACGUGAUUUCGGGCACGUCUAUGGCCUCGCCGCACGUCUGCGGUGCCAUUGCUGCCCUCCUUAGCCGCCCCGAAUAUGAGGACCUCUCCCCUGCCGUCCUGAAGGCCCGCCUCAUUCGUCUCUCCAAGAAGAACCUGAUCUCGAACGUCCCCCGCGGCUCGCGCACCCCCAACCGCUUCCUGUACGUUCCUCCCCCUAGCGAGCUGGAUGCCGUCGAGCAGGCCUAAACCACUCGACCCGAGGCUGCACAAACGAUGGCGCUCUCUGGGGGGGGGUACAUCGUCAUUCUGCUUGUGUUUUACUCUUGUUUCUGUUGUUGGUGCGAACGGAGCAUUGUCCAGCCUGGCGUCGCGCGGCCAAAGUACACACUUU